CUUGUUACAUUGUUAGUUUCGUUUAGAUAUUCACAACGGAACAUUCUCUCAUGACUUCAAUUUGCGUAAUCACUUACUUCACGUCGGAAAUAAACUCAGGUCUCACAAAGACUCCUUCGUGACAUGUCUCUUCUGCAGUCACAUGAUCCUAGAGGAGAGUUAUUCAAAUAAAUAGUCUGAGCUCCACAGUUGAACUCAUUUUCAGCACGACUUUAAGAGGGCAAAGCAAGUAAAAUGAAGGCCUUAGUUGUUUUUGCCCUCUUUCUGCCCAUUAUAAAUGCCCAGGUUCCUCACUGGGGGCCGUGCCCAGAGCCUGCUACUCAACCUGCAUUUAACCUAAAGAAGUUUAUGGGCAGGUGGUUCGAGAUCGCUAAACUUCCAGCACAGUUUGAGCGAGGGAGAUGCAUUGAGACUAACUUCACUCUCAAGCUUGAUGGAACGGCUCAUGUAAGGAGCUCUGAAAUUCUAAAAGGAGAGUUAAAAACAAUUGAAGGGACGGCUGUGGUGGAAGAUAAAAGAAAUCCAGCAAAGCUUGGAAUCAGUUUCUCUUACGUUUUGCCCUACACUCCAUACUGGAUUUUGUCGACUGACUAUGAGAAUUCAGCGCUGGUGUAUUCAUGCACUGAUGUCUUGAGACUGUUCCACGUAGACUUUGCUUGGAUUCUGGGCCGCACCCGAUCUCUGCCUGAUGCCACCAUUGACCACGGAAAAGAGGUUUUCAUCAAUAACAACAUCGAUGUGAGUCGGAUGAUCUUAAGCAGACAGGAAGGAUGUGAUAAAGAACUUUAAAUGACUGUCUUACUGGAAAGUCUUGUUUUUUAAUAUUGAGAUGUUUGGGUUUGAACAACCCAUGGACUACAAAAGUAGCAUACUAUUCCUUUUAAUAAAAACACAUUUUGGUUUA